CUCGCGUAACAGACUUGGUAGCCUUUAUUUGAAAAUGUACGAAUAUCUGUAUAUUUUGGCGUGAAUCAUGAUGGACUGUUUAUGUGCUUCACUCAACUUGUGCACUACAUGAUCUACUCCGUUGGCAUCCUUAGAUUUUAAGGAUGGAGACCCAAGUAGCCAGCCCCAGCUGAUACGAUGACUGACAAGGGCCCCUUCAUCUUCCGACUAAACGAUAACGGAAGUGGACCCAAUCUUUUGAUGCAGGUAUGCCUAGAGCGGGGAUGGAGAGAAUACAACGAGGGGUCGUCCAUCAAGGACAACUGGAAUCUAUGGUGGAGAACUGGAGGAUUCUCGCUCAAUCACUACAAGCAGCUCAAACCGUGGCAGUUCACGAACCACAUACCCAAGGCUUCAUGUAUCUGCCGCAAGGACAAUCUGUCGAGGUACCUGAAAUGUAUGAAGAAGGUGUUUGGAGGAAUCUAUGACUUCAGCCCAGAGGCAUACAAUUUACCCCUAGAGUAUACAAAGCUGGUGGCAGAAUGCAGCAGACAGAAUCAAGGGGAGAGUCAAGGCCAAGGUCAUGCUGAUGUCUGGAUCUGCAAGCCUGUAGGGCAGAGUCAGGGCAGGGGCAUCUCCAUCUUCAAGAAGCUGAGUGAGCUAGUUUACUAUUCCAAUGCGGUAGUUCAAAGAUACGUACAGAACCCACUUCUGAUUGGAGGAUACAAGUUUGACUUGAGGCUAUAUGUUUGUGUGCCUUCCUUUCGUCCACUUACAGUCUACUUGUAUAAGGAAGGAUUAGCUAGGUUUGGCACUGAGAAGUUUUCUCUCAAUGACUUAGACAACCAUUUUGCUCAUCUGACAAACAGUUCACUCAACAAGCUCGGUCCCCGCUACACCGAGAUGAAGGAAAGAGUUGGUGCUGGAUGCAAAUGGAGUCUAAGACAGCUGAGGCACUACCUACACCAAUCCGGCCUAAAGGACUGGUUGCUGUGGCAGAGGAUAUCUGCUCUAGUAGUACUAACAGUGGCCAGUCAACUCCACGGCAUCCCUCCGAGCAACAACUGCUUUGAGUUCUACGGCUUUGACGUUCUCGUGGACUCCUCGCUUCGACCUUGGCUGCUGGAGGUCAACUUGAGCCCAGCCCUGGGCAAUGAUUGUGACGUCGACCCUGCAGUCAAGAAGCCUAUGUUGCACGACAUGUUUGACUUGUUGGGUCUGCCUGUUUGCAAUACUGGACUGUCCCUCUUCACAAUCUGGUCUGGAGAAACUAUCCGAACCAUAUCUAACCAGAGCAGCAGCUCACGCUCAACAACAUCCAUAGAAGACACGAUCACUGGUGAAGAGGAAGAGGAAAAGACGCCCAUUAGUGUCGGAGGGUGUGGAAGUAGCAGAGCUAGGUCUGCUCCGCAUACAGCCGUAACCGUGGUAACCGUAGCAAAUAGGUGGAGACGUAGAGGGCAGCCUGACCAGGGGCGCAAGAAGACAGCGAAAACCAAUCACGAACCUCCACCCAGGCCUAAGACCCACCGGAAGCCAAGUGCUACGAGAAUAGGAGCGUUCCUACCUACAGUGAACAUCGGCGAGGAAUACCAUAGUCCGGAGGAAUGGGCUACAUGUAACGAAAUUGUGACAAAGCACAACGGAACAAAGACUUAUCGUAGGUCAAAAUGUUCCCCUUCUGCACUCUGGGGGAACGGCCGAGAUUGGAGGGAUCCUCCAACCAAAGAAGGGGAUUGGGUGAGAGUUUAUCCUCUGGGACAAAAAGCUCUCGGUAGAAAUACACUUUGGCACGACGAAACACCUGAACCCCACACCACAAUGUUUGGAGAUAAAGAAAUAAAAACUAUAGUGUCCAAUGUAAGUAAGUGUUCAAAACUGGCAAAGGAAAUAUUCCAGAAAAACCCAACGGUAAGUGACGAAGAAAGAAAUGCCUUACUGAUGAAAAACUUAGGACUUGCCGGACUCGUUUGGUUACCGAAUAACUAAAGCUACUAUUUUAAACAUUAUUUACUUUAGUCACUAAACAUCUGCCUCAGAGCUUUCAAAGUGAGCACUUUGAAUAUUCAAGUGGCUGCUGUUUUAUUUAUUGUGUUCAUUUACUCAUGUAAUUAAU